UCAAUCAAUACUGGUAAAGCAGCUGGCCGUACAACAAGUAGUACAACUAGCUCCACACCGAGAGUCAAGAGGAGAUCGAGGUGGAGCAAUGCCGUCGUCGCAAGCCCUAGCGCUCGUCUCGCUCGCCCUCCUGGUCUGCUGCAGCUCCCCCCUCCUCGCCCAUGCACAGACGCCGGCGGCCGACGACGUCUGCGCCAGCCUGGCCACGGACGACGCCUGCCACAACGUCCCCAAGGCGCUCCGCCUGAAGCUGAUCGGCAUCCCGACCAUCCUCGUGGCCAGCGUCAUCGGCGUCUGCCUGCCGCUCUUCGCCAAGUCGGUGCCGGCGCUCCAGCCCGACCGCAACCUCUUCUACGUCGUCAAGGCCUUCGCGUCGGGGGUCAUCCUCUCCACCGGCUACAUGCACGUGCUCCCGGACUCGUUCAACAACCUCAACUCGCCGUGCCUCCCCGAGAAGCCGUGGCGGCAGUUCCCCUUCACCACCUUUGUCGCCAUGCUCGCCGCCGUCUUCACCCUCAUGGUCGACUCCCUCAUGCUCACCUUCUACAACCGCAAGAAGAAGGGUGGCGCUCCCCAAGACGCCGGGGCUCCCAGCAGCGCCGCCGUCGCCAAUAUCGAGAGCCCGGAGCCGGAAGCGCACUGGCACGGCCACGGGACGGCGUUGGCCAAGCCCGACGACGCCGAGGCCGGCCAGAUGCAGCUCCGCCGGAACCGCGUCGUCGUUCAGGUUCUGGAGAUGGGCAUCGUGGUGCACUCGGUGGUGAUCGGGCUGGGCAUGGGCGCGUCGCAGAGCGUGUGCACCAUCCGGCCGCUGGUGGCCGCCAUGUGCUUCCACCAGAUGUUCGAGGGGAUGGGCCUCGGCGGCUGCAUCCUCCAGGCGGAAUACGGCACCAAGAUGAAGGCCGGCCUCGUCUUCUUCUUCUCCACCACCACGCCCUUCGGUAUCGCGCUCGGCCUCGCGCUCACCAAGGUGUACCAGGACAACAGCCCCACCGCGCUCAUCGUCGUCGGCCUGCUCAACGCCGCCUCCGCGGGGUUGCUGCACUACAUGGCGCUCGUCGAGCUCCUCGCCGCCGACUUCAUGGGGCCCAAGCUGCAGGGCAGCGUCAGGCUCCAGCUCAUCUGUCUCACCGCCGUCCUCCUCGGCGCCGGCGGCAUGUCCGUCAUGGCCAAAUGGGCGUGAGCUAGCGCGCGCGGAGCGCACGUACUCGAUCGUCCAGGCGUGUCCAUCGCGCACCCCAACUUUACUUUAUGAUGCGUAUAUACGUGUAUGUUGCAAUGUGUGUGUGUGUGUGUGUGUGUGUGUGUGUGUGCAUUGCUCUCUAGUCUCUAGAGCAGUAAUUAAGCUUGCUUGAUCGAUCACUCUCAGCUAGCAUCUCACGUAGUACGUUAGCAAUCCUAUGUUGAUGCCCACCGGACACCAAGUACUGUUGUACUAUGUUGCUGUCGUGUCAAAUUAUGUUCUUUUUUUUCCUUGUUGAAAAGGAAGCGUCUUUUAUUGUUCGA